AUGAUGGUUGGUAAUAAUUUGAAAGACAAUCAGUUGCAACAAAUAGUUGAUAAAACGAUACUUUUUCACGAUAAAGAUGGCGAUGGGAAAAUUUCCUUCGACGAAUUUUGUGACGUUAGUUUUUUUUCCUUUCUUCGGUGCUUGCAUUAA